CGCCAAUAAAAAGUCAAAAACUCUUUGUCGAACAAUUGAGCUUUGAAGGAUAACCAAAAAAUGGAUUCCCAAAACAAACAAAUCUUUAUCCUAGCGGGGCAGAGCAACAUGUCCGGCCGCGGCGGCGUCGACAAGAACAAGAUAUGGGACGGCGUCGUCCCGGCGGAGUCCUCCGCGGACGCCGCCAAGAUCUUCCGCCUCGGCCCGGAUCACCGCAGCUGGGAGGCCGCGGCGGAGCCCCUCCACCAAGGUCUCGACUCCAACAGGGUAUGCGGGGUCAGCCCCGGGAUGGCGUUCGCCAACGCGGUGAAGGAGCGCGUGGGGGCGGUGGGGCUGGUGCCGUGCGCCGUCGCCGGGACGGCGAUCAAGGACUGGGCUCGCGGAAUGGAGCCGUACGAGAAUCUGGUGAGGCGCGCAAAGGCGGCGGCGGCCAGCGGCGGAGGGGAGAUCAAGGCGUUGCUGUGGUACCAAGGGGAGAAGGACACGUUCACGGCGGAGGAUGCGGCGGUGUACAAGGAGAAAACUGAGCAGCUUAUUCUGAACGUGCGUCAAGAUUUGGAUUUGCCUUCUCUUCCCGUUGUUCUGGUUAGUCCAUAAUUUGGCUUUAUUUACAG